AUGGCAUCCUACCUGGGGCUCGGGCCGGACAACGCGUUCCCCAGCGGGCCGGACAACGCGUUCCCCAGCGGGCCGGACAACGCGUUCCCCAGCGGGCCGGACAACGCGUUCCCCAGCGGGCCGGACAACGCGUUCCCCAGCGGGCCGGACAACGCGUUCCCCAGCGGGCCGGACAACGCGUUCCCCAGCGGGCCGGACAACGCGUUCCCCAGCGGGCCGGACAACGCGUUCCCCAGCGGGCCGGACAACGCGUUCCCCAGCGGGCCGGACAACGCGUUCCCCAGCGGGCCGGACAACCCGUUCCCCAGCGGGCCGGACAACGCGUUCCCCAGCGGGCCGGACAACCCGUUCCCCAGCGGGCCGGACAACCGGCUGAUCAUUAAAGAACACUUUUCUGGACCAGCUGCUGUCACCUCCACUCCCGCAACAGAGCUGCUGUCACCUCCACUCCCGCAACAGAGCUGCUGUCACCUCCACUCCCACAACAGAGCUGCUGUCACCUCCACUCCCGCAACAGAGCUGCUGUCACCUCCACUCCCACAACAGAGCUGCUGUCACCUCCACUCCCGCAACAGAGCUGCUGUCACCUCCACUCCCACAAUAGAGCUGCUGUCACCUCCACUCCCGCAACAGAGCUGCUGUCACCUCCACUCCCGCAACAGAGCUGCUGUCACCUCCACUCCCGCAACAGAGCUGCUGUCACCUCCACUCUCACAACAGAGCUGCUGUCACCUCCACUCCCACAACAGAGCUGCUGUCACCUCCACUCCCACAACAGAGCUGCUGUCACCUCCACUCCCACAACAGAGCUGCUGUCACCUCCACUCCCACAACAGAGCUGCUGUCACCUCCACUCCCGCAACAGAGCUGCUGUCACCUCCACUCCCGCAACAGAGCUGCUGUCACCUCCACUCCCGCAACAGAGCUGCUGUCACCUCCACUCCCGCAACAGAGCUGCUGUCACCUCCACUCCCGCAACAGAGCUGCUGUCACCUCCACUCCCGCAACAGAGCUGCUGUCACCUCCACUCCCGCAACAGAGCUGCUGUCACCUCCACUCCCGCAACAGAGCUGCUGUCACCUCCACUCCCGCAACAGAGCUGCUGUCACCUCCACUCCCGCAACAGAGCUGCUGUCACCUCCACUCCCGCAACAGAGCUGCUGUCACCUCCACUCCCGCAACAGAGCUGCUGUCACCUCCACUCCCGCAACAGAGCUGCUGUCACCUCCACUCCCGCAACAGAGCUGCUGUCACCUCCACUCCCGCAACAGAGCUGCUGUCACCUCCACUCCCGCAACAGAGCUGCUGUCACCUCCACUCCCGCAACAGAGCUGCUGUCACCUCCACUCCCGCAACAGAGCUGCUGUCACCUCCACUCCCGCAACAGAGCUGCUGUCACCUCCACUCCCGCAACAGGGCUGCUGUCACCUCCACUCCCACAACAGGGCUGCUGGCAGUGUGUGUAGCAGUCAUCAGAUUUCCCCUCAGGAGUUUCUCGGGGAGCUGAAGUCUGGGGUGACUGACGAACGCCUCAUGGCCUGUCUGGACUCUCUCCGUGUCUCCCUCACCAGCAACCCUGUCAGCUGGGUGCAGAGCUUUGGCCACGAGGGUCUGGGACUGCUGCUAGACAUUCUGGAGAAGCUGCUCCACAAGAAACACCAGGAUAAACCUGACAAGAAGAGCCAGCAUAAAGUCAUCCAGUGCCUCAAAGCCUUCAUGAACAACAAGUAUGGUUUAGAUCGUAUCCUGUCAGAGGAGAAGUGUCUGUCCCUGUUGGCCCGAGCUAUCGACCCCACCCAGCCCGCCAUGAUGACCGACGUGGUCAAGCUGCUGUCAGCCAUCUGCAUUGUGGGCGAGGAGAACACUUUGGAGAAGGUCCUUGAAGCCGUCACCACAGCAGGAGAACACAGGGCCACGGAGAGGUUCAGUCCAAUCGUAGAAGGACUCAGAGAUUGCUCCGUCCAAUUACAAGUGGCCUGCAUGCAGCUCAUCAAUGCUCUGGUGACGUCUCCAGACGAGCUGGACUUCAGGCUUCACAUCAGGAAUGAGUUUAUUCGCUCCGGCCUGCGAGAGAUUUUCCCGCAUCUGACAACGAUCAGGAACGAUGCCCUGGACAUUCAGCUCAAGGUGUUUGAGGAGCACAAGGAAGAGGAUCUGAUGGAGCUCAGUCACCGGCUGGAGGACAUCAAGAGUGAACUGGAUGAUGUGGGAGACGUGUUCAACGUGGUUCAGAGUGUGGUGAAGGACACCGGAGCUGAGGUCUACUUUCUCUCCAUCCUACAGCACCUCAUGCUCAUCCGGAACGACUACUUUGUCCGGCCCCAGUAUUUUAAGAUCAUAGAUGAGUGUUUAUCUCAGAUCGUUCUCCAUCGCAGUGGGACCGACCCAGACUUCAGCUACCGAAAACGCCUUGACGUGGACUUCAGUGUCCUCCUGGAUGUGUGUGUGGACAAGGCUCAGGUCGAAGAGUGUGAGCUGAGGGCUACUGACUUGGCUCUGAAGUUUGAUGAGGAGUACUUGGGUCGACAGGAGGCUCAGGCUCAGCUGCUGAAGAGUGAAGAGAAGAUCAAUGAAUUGCAGGCAGAGCUACUUGCCUUCAAGUCCCAGUUUGGAGCGGUAGCACUGACCCACUCCUCCGCCCGUCCUCCCCUCCCUCCGCCUCCUUCUGGUCCGGGAGGUCCCGUGCCUCCUCCCCCUCCUCCUCCCCCCCUCCCAGGCUGCGGCCCACCUCCCCCACCAGGAGUGCCUCCCCCGUUCGGUUGUCCCCCUCCUCCUCCUCCUCCCCCGGGGUUCUGUGGGCUGGGCUCGCCUACCCACAACACCUUGCCUUUCGGACUCCGGCCCAAGAAGCAGUUCAAGCUUGAGACUUCCAUGAAGCGCCUCAACUGGUCCAAGAUCCGCCCCCAGGAGAUGUCCGAGAGCUGUUUCUGGGUGGUGGCUAACGAGGAUCGCUAUGACAACCCUGACCUGCUCAACAGACUGGCGCACACCUUUGGCUCAUACAGACCAGCCAUCCAGGAUGAACAGGGUCUGGAAGCAAAGAGAUCCAUCAAGAAGAGAAUCAAACAGCUGAAGGUGCUGGACCCAAAGAUCGCCCAGAACCUCUCUAUCUUCCUGGGGUCCUUCAGGAUGCCUUACCAGGAGAUCAGAAGGGCCGUCCUAGAGGUCGACGAGGAACAGCUCACUGAACCCAUGAUACAGAACUUGGUUAAACACCUUCCUGAGCAGGAGCAGCUGAAUGCGUUGAUGAAGUUUCAGAAUGACUACAACAGUCUGUCUGAGCCUGAGCAGUUUGGAGUGGUGAUGAGCAGUGUGAAGCGACUGCGGCCUCGUCUCAACUCCAUCCUGUUUAAGCUGCAGUUUGAUGAACAGGUCAACAACCUCCGUCCAGACAUCAUGGCUGUUAACGCAGCCUGUGAAGAGGUGAGGAAGAGCAAGGGGUUCAGCCGGCUGCUGGAGCUGGUUCUUCUGCUGGGCAACUACAUGAACACAGGCUCUCGCAACGCACAGAGCUACGGCUUUGACCUCAGUUCCCUCUGCAAGCUGAAGGACACAAAGUCAGCUGACCAGAAGUCAACGUUGCUCCACUUCCUGGCUGCAGUGUGUGAGGAGGAGUUCCCAGAGGUCACCAAGUUCUCCGACGACCUGCAGCACGUAGACAGAGCCAGCCGAGUCUCAGCGGAGUCCCUGGAGAAGAACCUAGUUCAGAUGGAGAGACAGCUGGUCCAACUCGAGAGAGAUCUGGACACCUUCUCCUCUCCUGACGACUCUGAAGAUCUCUUCACUGUCAAGAUGUCUAGCUUCGCCACGUCGGCCAGAGAGCAGUACCAGAAGCUGAUGAUCAUGCACGGCAACAUGGGAACCCUCUAUCAGAACAUGCUGGACUACUUCGCCUUGGACUCCAAGAAGAUCUCCGUCGAGGAAUUAUUCACAGACCUCAGCAACUUCCGAACCAUGUUCCUGCAAGCGCUGAAGGAGAACGUGAGGAGGAGAGAGGCGGAGGAGAAACAGAGGAGAGCGUGGGUGGCCAAGGAGAAGGCGGAGAGAGAGAAGCAGGAGAGACAGCAACAGAAGAAGAGGAGACUGCUGGAGGUCAACGCAGAGAACAGCGAUGAGACAGGAGUGAUGGAUAGUUUGCUGGAGGCUUUGCAGUCUGGAGCAGCGUUCAGAGACCGUCGGAAGAGAGCACCCCGGCCCCGAGAUGGUCAGAUGAGCCUCAGUCCCAGUUCGUACCUCCAGGUUCUGAAGCCCUGUAACCAUGUGACCUAUCUCUACUUUUGA